CCCGAAAAACACAACUUACCUAUGUACCUUCAAUCUUCGAAGCUACAAGGUAAGGUCGCCGACCUUUCGCUCUUUCGUUCCAUUUUUGGUCAAAAUAUUUUUAUUUAUUUUCUCUUUCUUUUCGCCCAAGCAAACUACAAAUCUAGGUAUUCAAAGAGUUGAAAUUCCUGCUGUGUUCUGCUUUGUUUCCUUCGCCGUAAUCUGUGGAGCGUUAACUUCUUCCGGGACGACGACAAAGACGACUACGUUUAAUCAAUGAGAGCGGAGGUGAAUUAGAGUAGCUUCUAAGUUUACCUUUGUGCAAAGGAAAAUUCGUUGACUUGACAUACCAGCAUUAUGGAGACAACAAGCCUCUGCCGAGAUGGCCACUUAUUGCAGAAUAUGGUUUUGCAUUUCGUUCUCCUUAAGGUGGCUUCUCCAAAAUUUGUUAUGACAGACUUGCGCGAUACUAGUCUAGGAUAUAGUCUUUCUGUAAAAAAUUUGUAAAUAGUAGUUGCCUGUAGAUAAAUGGAGUCAAGCUGGGUUAAAGUGUUAGAUAAUGGCUGUAGGACUGCUGCAGACGACUCAAAAAGCGAAGUGGCAUCUCAGUGUGUGGCAAGUAUAGUUGAAGCCCGCAGUGAGAAGCUUGAGGAGCUAUUAUUUCAACCAAACUGUAACUCUUUCUAUAACAAGCUUGGGAAGAGAAAAAGGACUGUAGACUGUGAGUCUAAUUGCGGAUCACAUCUUAAGACAUCGAUACUUAAGAACUACUCAAAUUUCAUGAAAAGUGGACUACCACAACGUGUUUUGUUUCAUCAAAAUGGUGAAUGGAAUGAUUUCCCUCUAGAUAUUGUUUGUUUAGUUAAAGAAGACUUCCGUGCAAAGAAGGCUGUGAUUGAGGUGAACUGUGGUGGCUUUCAUGUAAUCCUUGAUAUUCUGUAUAUGAUUCAGGUAGAUCUGAUAACUGGUUUAGAGAAACCUAUCGCCUGGAUAGACGAAGCAGGUGGCUGUUUCUUCCCUGAGUUAUGUCUCGUCUGUUGUAAAAUGCAUGACAACUUUGACAUCCAGUCACAAAGAACUGAAUAUUUCAGUACUCCUGAGCCGGAUAGGGCAACUAAAAUUAAGUUGCAUCUUGAAAUAGACUUUCAUGGACCAAAUAAUUGCAAUUUGGAAGAAUGUGUGGAGGAGUCAAAUGUCAGUUAUAAAAGGACUAAAGUCGAUCCUCUUAAAGAUAAUCAAGAAUUUGCUGAUGAUAAAAUUUCUGAUGCAAAAAUGGAAAUAGUUGUAGACAAUCAACAGAAUCAGGAAAUUCUGUCUCCUAAAUUAGAAGAUGCACUAAAUUUGGUGGAUGCAGAAUCUGUUAAAAAUAUGUUUGUUAAGGGAAUAAAUGGCAUCCAUAAAGUGGAUAUAGUCAAAGUUAGUCAAUGUUCAAGUAAAUAUUUGAGAAAUCGCUUGGAAUUGUUUGAGAAGCUGGUCGAGAUAACCCAAAAUUAUCGUGGAAAUUCCAAUGUUCGGUAUGCUUGGCUUGCUGCUUCCAAAGAGGUAGUAUGUACAAUUAUGAACUAUGGCCUUAUGCAUGGGGCAUCUAGACUGAAGACUAAUCUUGGAGUAGGAGUGCACCUCAUUGCACAGGAUCGUGCCUCUAAAAGUGCCGCUAGUUGUGAUGUUGACGAAAAUGGCGUUCGUUACAUGGUUCUUUGUCGUGUCAUUUUGGGCAAUGAAGAACUUUUGCAUUUCGGUUCUAAGCAAUCUCAUCCGAGCGAUGGGAAAUAUGAUAGUGGUGUUGAUGAUUUGGAGAAUCCUACGUAUUAUACUGUUUGGAAUAUGAAUAUGAAUACACACAUAUAUCCGGAGUAUGUUGUGAGCUUCAAGAUGUCUUCAGGAGCACAAGGAGCUCCAAUAAGGGAAGAAAGUAGGCUUGAUGUCUCUGGAGUUACUUCUCAGGGAUCUGAGGAGCAGUUGGACUUGAAUAAAUUGCCUUCAGAAAUGAAGUGUCAGCAAUAUCAGUUUGUAAACAACCUACAGCAAUCCCAUGAUGUUGGUAUAAGUACAAAUAAAUCUCCCAAAUCUCCCUGGAUGCCUUUCUCUAUGUUAUUUGGAGCUAUUUCAGCUAAAGUCGCUCCUGAAGAUAUGAAAUUGGUUCAUGCACACUAUGACUUGUUCAGGAGCAAGAAAAUUACUCGGAAUGAUUUCAUUAAAAAGUUGAGAUUGAUAGUGGGUGAUCAGUUACUGAAGUCUACCGUGACCAAUCUCCAAUGUAAGCCGUCUCCCGCAUCAGUGUGCUCUUCAAGUGUGCCAAGCGGGGAGCUUAAUUUUUGAGGCUGGUACCAGAAGGGUGGUUUGCUGCUUGGUGGUCAACAGCUCUACCUUCAACAAUCAUGCAGCGUAGUUACUUCUUCGCUCUAGUUUUUUUCUUUUCUUUUGUUGGUAGUUAAUGUAGGUUGAAUUUCGUUGAAUUUCUUCGACUCUUUUGUGACUAUAAGCAGUGGUGUCAGAACUUGCGCCUUUUCUUCUUCUAUAUGCGACUUUCAUUCUCUCCUAUCUGUGAUGGCAAUAAUUGAUGUUUGGCAUUUGACCAAUA